AUUAUUUGUUGUGUUUCGAACAAAACACGCCAUAUAUACCACCUGUGCCCUGUAUUGAGAGAAGAUUUUUGUUUUCAGGCGCCUAUCCCACACAAACUAGCAGGUAUUUAAAGAGCUGGGAUUGGAUGUUCCAACACUAGUCAUUUACAGAGAGAAUAUGGCCAACCACGGAUCCUUCACAAAGGUACCUGCAUUGCUUGCCAUUUGCGUCAUCAUUACAGCCUAUGGUAGACCAACAGACUUGGAUUCUGACGGCAACGGUAAUUCCGUAUCCUUCAUCGUUGGCGGAUUAAACAACCUAUUGGAUUUUGGUCUCAGCAACCCUGCGCAUCUUGAAACCCAAAAAGAGGGCAUUAUCGUACAAAAGUGCUUCUGUCCGGAAAAUCUCAAUGGUUGUCUCUGUCAAAAGGAAAUAAAAGGUGGAUUUACAAACAUUGCAAGUCGUGGUUUCGUUCAUGACACGAAAAAUUUCAAUGCAGAAAACGACAGGGGUUCGAAGGAUGGAGACAGAGCCAAAAAAGAUACGAGUGUCCUGUCCCCCGCCCAACAGUUUAUGGACAGCCUGCCACCAGACAGCAUUGUACAAAUAAUCAUAGACAAUCUGCCUGAUGGAUUAAGAGAGAAGUUUAAGAGUAUUGUAAACAACAGGCUUCAUCAGAGAGAAUAGAUUAUCAGGAAUUUGAUUCUAAUAAUAAUCAAACGGACCAAAAUCUUUAAAAAAAGCAACCAAUAUCAUUGAAUAAAAAGCAGAAGUUUG